AUGCCUCUCCAAUACGAUCCCGAAUUCAUCAAGGAGGCAGCUCCUACCCUCCAUAUCCUGGGCAAUGCCGGGAAAUUCCCAGUCCACGACGUUAAAGGUCGAAGAGCUUACUUCGCAAGUUUCACCAGAGAUCUCCCACCACUCCCCGAGAAUGUCGAAAAGAUCAUCCGUCAAGCCCCAGCUCCCGACGGAUACCAAGUCCCCAUCCAUCACAUCCGCGUGAAGGGGAAACAACCUGAAGAGACUACUAGUACAAACGGCGACCCAGCCAUCAUCCAUUUCCACGGCGGAGGAUACUUCCUCCUCAGCGCCGAAAUGUGUCUCCCACCACUCAUCCAAGCAGUCUCACAAACCGGAGUCCAAAUACUCAGCAUCGACUACCGACUCGCCCCCGAAAACCCAUACCCCGUCCCAUUCAACGACUGCUGGGCUGCACUGCAGUGGGUCUACGCAAAUGCAACGGAACUGAAUAUCGACACCGCUCGCAUCGCGGUUAUGGGGGAGAGUGCUGGUGGUGGAUUGGCUGCUGCUUUGACUCUCAAAGCGCGCGAUACGAAUCUGUCUCCUCCCCUUGCGAAACAGAUUCUGGUUUAUCCCAUGCUGGAUGAUAGAACCACUACCAAUCACGCGGGGGAAUUGGCGAUGUGGACGGAAGCGGAUAAUAUUACAGGGUGGACGGCUUAUGUUGGAGAGCAUCGGGGGACGGAGAAGGUUGAGCCUUAUGCUGCUCCGGCGAGAGUGGAGAGUGUGGAUGGUCUUCCGUCGCUUUAUUUAGAUAGUGCCCAGCUGGAUAUGUUUGUGCAUGAGGAUCUGGAAUAUGCGCGGAGAUUUGUGACUGCUAAUAUUCCGGUUGAUCUUCAUGUUUAUCCUGGACUGCCUCAUGGGUUUGAGGCGUUUUUGGCGGGGACGAGUGUGACGAAGAGGGCUUAUGAGAAUCGGUUUAAGGCUAUGGUUAGUUUUUAG